GCGGCGGCGGCGGCGGCGGGGGAGGUGGAACGCAGAGGGGGUGGAGGGAGCCCGCAGCGGCAGCUUCUGCAGCAGCGAAAUGGCGGAGACCGUGGCGGACACCCGGCGGCUGAUCACUAAGCCGCAGAACCUGAAUGACGCCUACGGGCCGCCCAGCAACUUCCUCGAGAUCGAUGUGAGCAACCCGCAGACGGUGGGGGUCGGCCGGGGCCGCUUCACCACCUACGAAAUCAGGGUCAAGACAAAUCUUCCUAUUUUCAAGCUAAAGGAAUCUACCGUUAGAAGAAGAUACAGUGACUUUGAGUGGCUGCGAAGUGAAUUAGAAAGAGAGAGCAAGGUUGUAGUUCCCCCACUCCCUGGGAAGGCAUUUUUGCGUCAACUUCCUUUUAGAGGAGAUGAUGGAAUAUUUGAUGACAAUUUCAUUGAGGAGAGAAAGCAGGGACUGGAACAGUUUAUAAACAAGGUCGCUGGUCAUCCUCUGGCACAGAAUGAACGUUGUCUUCACAUGUUUUUACAGGACGAAAUAAUAGAUAAAAGCUAUACUCCGUCCAAAAUUAGACAUGCCUGAAAUUUAAUGAGAAGGGGACAGAAAAACUUGUGACUUUUAAUGCUUCAUGUGCACCAGUGAAGAAGUUCUAACUAACUUUUAGCAUGCUGCACCAAAACUGGUAUAACAUGCCUUCAGUUUUACUAACACUCACAAUGCUGUUUGUUUUGUUUUGGCAGUCAACAAGAAGUUAAUUUGCUUUAGCAAAAAUCCCUCAUUCCAGCCUUUCUAUAAGUAGCUCUUCCUUGCUGUUUUAAUAUGGUGCACAUUACUUUAUAGCCUCAUAAACCUGUUACUCCAGUAUAAUCUGCAGUGUCCUAACUAAAGUUUCUGACUUGGUCUUAUUUGCACAGUUUCUAUGUCAUAUUUGCUUCUUUAAUCUGAUGAACUAGAAUAUUUCUCUUCUCCGCUUUUAAUAGUAAUGUCACUUGUCCUGAUUUACGUGUAGGAGCACUACGCCACUGGUUUCCAUUCCCGCACAUAUAUAUAAACGACACACUUGUGGGCAGAAAGUAUCUUCCUUCAGGCUUGUAAAACCCUUCAUAUGGAAGAUUAAUGAAGGAAAGCUUUAUAUUCUGUAUAAAAACAAAAUCAAAUUUAUAUACUAAAAUCAUUUGUCUAAAAAUUUAAGUUGUUUUCAAAUAAAAAUGCAUUUCUGAUAUGCACUGAU